AUCGACGUACGCCAGAUAUCUUGCGUAAAUAUCCACAACAAACAUGGCGGACGAUCACACAGAUGCAGAUCAGUCCAUGGAGGGACACACACCUGUGUCUGAAAACCCUCACGCAGAGUACGGCCUGACGGAAAACAUCCAGAGGACGGUGGAGAACGAGAAGGCGAGCGCAGAGAAGAUCUCGAAGCAGAAGGUGGACCUACAGGCGCUGCCGACCAGAGCGUACCUGGACCAGACGGUGGUCCCGAUCCUGCUGCAGGGCCUGUCGGUGCUCGCCAAGGAACGACCUCCGAACCCCAUCGAGUAUCUGGCAGCGUUCCUGCUGAAGAACAAAUCCCAGUUUGAGGAGAGGAAUUAAACGGAAAGCAUUUCUCACAGUGGAAACUCGUUUCCGCUCGUUUUUGUUCAUGAACUGCUCGACUGUUGUUUUUGUUUUUUUAAUCCAGAAUAAACAUGUUGAUGUCAAACAGGA